AUGCUGCAGUUGCGGCGGUAUCUCAUGCUCUACUAUAAUUGUACUGACCGUGUCCUACAGAACCGCUCCCAGGACGCAGAAGAGAGUGAAUAUGCCGACGAAGACGUGUAUCGCGAAGCAGUUCGAGUCAAUGACUGCAAGGACGAAUUGCGUGUGUGCAACAUCAGCAAAUCGUACGGCAACAACCUUGCUGUCGAUCGAGUGGCCUUUGGUGUGCCGCGUGGUGAGAUUUUCGCACUACUCGGCCCUAACGGCGCUGGAAAGAGUACGACUAUAUCAACGAUUCGUGGUGACGUCCAUCCUAGUGGUGGUGACGUCCUUCUGGAAAAUGAGUCUAUCGUGAAACAGCGCGCUGCAGCUCGUUUGCACCAGGGCGUAUGUCCGCAAUUCGACGCUAUGGACUCUAUGACAGCGUCUGAGCAUCUCUACUUCUACGCCAGAGCUCGUGGCGUUGCUGAUGUUGAGCACAAUGUGGAACAGGUAUGUGUGCUUAAGUACAGAUAG